AUGGGACAGUCGGUGUCUGCCGUGGAGCAAAUCCUGGGCUACAAUUUCAAGAACAAGAGGCUUCUAGAAGAAGCUCUGACCCACCCCUCAUACACCGAAUCGGCGUCGUAUCAGCGCCUGGAGUUCAUCGGCGAUGCCGCUGUCAGCCUCGCGCUCAGCAACUACUUCUUCCUCUCUAAUCCUGGGGUCGACCCUGGCACCCUCUCUCUGCUACGCUCCGCCAACGUCAGCACCGAGAAGCUCGCACGUGUGGCCGUGCGCCACGGCCUUUAUCACCACCUUCGCCACAAUGCACCUGCUCUCCUAAAUAAGGUUAGGGAGUUUACUGAAGCUGUCAGUGGAGAAGAUGAGACACCGCUUGUAUAUGGUGGGUCUGUAAAAGCCCCUAAGAUUCUUGCAGAUAUUGUGGAGUCUGUGGCAGCUGCUAUUUAUGUUGACUUGAAUUUUGAUCUGGAGAAACUGUGGAUGAUAUUCAGGGGUUUGUUGGAGCCUAUAGUUACUCUAGAAGACUUGCAAGGUCAACCACAACCCGUGACAAUGUUGUUUGAGCUUUGCCAGAAACAUGGGAAGCAUGUUGAUAUCAAACAUUGGAGAGAUGAGAGGAAGAGUAUUGCUAGUGUGUAUGUUGAUGGCGAAUUUGUUGCUUCGGGUUCUUCUGAACAUAAGGAAUUUGCCAAGCUUGAUGCUGCGAAGGUAGCUGUUGAUAAGUUAUCGCCAUCAAUGGGUGUAAAUGAUGAGUCGUUUGAAGGUGUUGUCUUAAUGGAUGGGUCAUUUCAUAUUGAAGAAGCAAAACAGAAGUUGCAUGAGAUUUGUGACCAGAAGAAGUGGCCUAGACCAAUUUACCACAUUGAGAAAGAUGAAGGUCCUUCACAUGAGAAGAGAUUUAUGUCCUCAGUUAAAAUUGCAACUAUAGAUGGGGUGCUAUACAUGAAGGGAGAUGAAAAGUCGAGAGUAAGAGAUGCAGACAAUUCUGCAGCUUCCUUGAUGAUCCGGGCUUUACAAGAAUAUCGUUAUAUAUGA